GCGGUGGCGGCUGCCGGGGGCGGCGGCGGCGGCGGCGGAGUGGGGAGGCGGCGGCCUGGCUUGGCCUGGCCUGGCCUGUCAGGGCGCGGGCGGCGGCGGCUCCAGCACCAUGUCCCUGCAGUACGGGGCGGAGGAGACGCCCCUGGCCGGCAGUUACGGCGCGGCGGAUUCGUUCCCGAAGGACUUCGGCUACGGCGUGGAGGAGGAGGAAGAGGAGGCGGCAGCCGCGGCCGGUGGGGUUGGGGCGGGGGCCGGCGGAGGCUGUGGCCCAGGGGGCGCUGACAGCUCCAAGCCGAGGAUUCUGCUCAUGGGACUCCGGCGCAGCGGCAAGUCCUCCAUCCAGAAGGUGGUGUUUCAUAAAAUGUCACCCAACGAGACCCUCUUUUUGGAAAGUACCAACAAGAUCUAUAAAGAUGACAUUUCCAAUAGCUCCUUUGUGAAUUUCCAGAUCUGGGAUUUUCCUGGGCAAAUGGACUUUUUUGACCCAACUUUUGACUACGAGAUGAUCUUCAGGGGAACCGGAGCGUUGAUAUAUGUCAUUGAUGCACAGGAUGACUACAUGGAGGCUUUAACAAGACUUCACAUUACUGUUUCUAAAGCCUACAAAGUUAACCCUGACAUGAAUUUUGAGGUUUUUAUUCACAAAGUUGAUGGUCUGUCUGAUGAUCACAAAAUAGAAACACAGAGGGACAUUCAUCAAAGGGCCAAUGAUGACCUUGCAGAUGCUGGGCUAGAAAAACUCCACCUUAGCUUUUAUUUGACUAGUAUCUAUGACCAUUCAAUAUUUGAAGCCUUUAGUAAGGUGGUGCAGAAACUCAUCCCACAACUGCCGACUUUGGAAAACCUAUUAAAUAUCUUUAUAUCAAAUUCAGGUAUUGAAAAAGCUUUUCUCUUCGAUGUUGUCAGCAAAAUCUACAUUGCAACAGACAGUUCACCUGUGGAUAUGCAAUCUUAUGAACUUUGCUGUGACAUGAUUGAUGUUGUAAUUGAUGUAUCUUGUAUAUAUGGGUUAAAGGAAGAUGGAAGUGGAAGUGCUUAUGACAAAGAAUCUAUGGCAAUUAUCAAGCUGAAUAAUACAACUGUCCUUUAUUUAAAGGAAGUGACUAAAUUUUUGGCACUGGUCUGCAUUCUUAGGGAAGAAAGUUUUGAACGAAAAGGUUUAAUAGACUACAACUUCCACUGUUUCCGAAAAGCUAUUCAUGAGGUUUUUGAGGUGGGUGUGACUUCUCACAGGAGCUGUGGUCACCAGACCAGUGCCCCCAGCCUGAAAGCAUUGGCACACAAUGGCACGCCGCGAAAUGCCAUCUAGCCUGAAUUCCAGCUGUCGGGGCUCUGUGCCAGCUUACUCUUCACUCCAGGGUCAGAUGCCACGUGCUACAGGACAUGGGAGUUGCCGCUUGUGGGAAUCCUGGUGCCUGUCCCACUAGAGACGAGGGGUCGAGUUUCUCAUUUGGAUGAAAACCCCUUCAACCAGUGGUGUGCAGCUGAAGCUACUAUUUCUUUUUUUU